GGCAACACUUCAUUUGAGUCAACAACAUAAAUAGAACAAAAACAAAUCAACUAAUCGAAAGGCAAAAUAAAUUUAUAGUCGCACAAUUAAUUUAGAUCGGAAUUUCAUAGAAACUUUGUAUUUUAAAUCGGUAAAAAUAUGCUUUCGUUUUUCUCCAAGAAAAGACAAGACACAGAUUCUAGUGCAGAAGAAGCAAUUCAAGGACCUACAGAUUCUACACAAGCAAAUGAAGGUGGAGAUGAUUUCAUUUUCAUAGAACGAAAAACUUCAGACCACGAUCCCACUAAGUCAGCAGCACAAGGUGUAGGGAUGUAUCCACCUAUACCUCCAUCAUUUGGAAUGGGAAGGUUUCCGGGACAACCGAUUUAUCCACCUAUGUCCAAUGUGGUUCAUGCAUCCGAAAAUGUGUCACCAGUGCCAUAUGUACAAGGAGUUCCCUUCGAGUUAGCACCGCAACUUAGCACAAAAUGUGAAUUUGAAGUAACACAAUUGCAAGUUGAUAGCAUUUUAGCACUGUUGACUCGCCAAAUGUCUGUGGACGAAAACGAGGAAUAUAAUUUUGCGCUGGAACGAUCAAUACAAAAUGAAUGUUAGCGUUGAGAAAGGUUUAUCUAAACGAUUUAAAUAGUUAUAAGAAAAUUAACGAAUGAAUAAAUUUAGUACAUUAUUAAAACAUCAA